AUGAAUAUUCCCGGGUCUUGGGAUAGUUCGGAUGGAGAUGCUGGGUCCGGCUCCCCAAGCAGAGCGACACAUACACAAUACUUAUCACCUGAUAGCCACCAUGGUGAUCGAGUGCGAUCUCCCGACUCAGGUCAAGUUGACCUUUCAGAUGAAAGCCAGACUCAGGCUGGUGUGACAGAUGAUGGGCGAGUCGAUAUUUUUCUCGACGAAAAGGCAAAUCGAUUGGCAAAACUCUUGGUUCCGGCUGCCCAGCCCCAACAGCUUGUAGAGAGACCACCGGCCUCGCAAUCCCAGCAAGACGAGGUGACCGCCAUCUCAUUAAACGUUGUGAUUCAAGUUGUCGGAUCGAGGGGAGAUGUGCAGCCCUUCGUCGCGCUGGGCAAAGUACUCCGCGAUCGGCAUGGGCAUCGCGUUCGGGUUGCGACGCAUGCCAAGUUUCAAGCGUUAGUUGAGUCCAACGGACUGGGAUUCUUCAGUAUUGGUGGGGAUCCAGAGCAAUUAAUGGCAUUCAUGGUGAAGAACCCAAGUCUGGUGCCGGACCUGAGCGUCGCCAAUGUGACCGACAUCCGGCGGAGGAGAAGGGAGAUGGGACUUAUCUUAGAUGGGUGUUGGAGGUCCUGCUUUGAGCCGGGAGAUGGUCUAGAAGCCAUGGAAAGUGACAGCGACACCUCAGGUGAAGCAAGCAUACGUCCAUUCAUAGCCGACGCCAUCAUCGCCAAUCCACCGAGCUUUGCACAUAUUCAUUGUGCCGAGAAGCUGGGUGUCCCUCUCCAUAUCAUGUUCACAAUGCCAUGGUCUCCAACUUCGUCUUUCGCGCAUCCACUGGCCAACAUCCGUUCCUCCGACAUCAGUUCCUCAACCUCCAACUUCGUCAGUUACUCUCUAGUGGAAAUGAUCACUUGGCAAGGGCUUGGCGACGUGGUCAACAACUUCCGCGAGUACACCUUGGGUCUAGGACCGCUGUCUACACUGAGCGCUACUGGGUUACUAUCUCGGCUAAAAGUUCCCCAGACGUAUUGUUGGUCUCCGGCACUUAUCCCCAAACCUACAGAUUGGGCCGAUCACAUAUCCAUAACCGGGUUCUGCUUUCUAGCAGCGGGAGACUCGUAUGAGCCUGAGCCCGGAUUGAAGGCUUUCCUCGAAGCUGGACCCAUGCCCAUAUACAUUGGAUUUGGAAGUAUUGUGGUUGACGACCCGGUAGGUAUGACCAGGUUGCUAUUUGAGGCUGUAGCAUGGACUGGUCAACGAGCUAUCAUUUCAAAAGGAUGGGGUGGUCUAGGCGAUGACAGUAUUGUCGAUGUACCUCAUGGCAUUUACUUACUGGGAAAUUGUCCGCAUGACUGGCUUUUCCAAAGAGUCUCAUGUGUCGUUCACCAUGGCGGUGCUGGUACAACUGCGGCGGGGAUUGCUUUAGGGAAGCCGACGGUAAUCAUACCGUUCUUUGGAGAUCAGCAAUUCUGGGGAGAGAUGGUUGCCAAAGCUGGGGCUGGUCCCAGUCCUAUUAAUCAUAAAACACUAACAGCAGAAAACCUCGCCAAUGCCAUAUCUACAGCUCUUCGCCCGGAUGUCCGACAACGUGCUCAGGAGCUCGGGCGCUUGGUCAACGAGGAGAAUGGAGACCAAGCAACGGCGGAGUCAUUCCAGGGCCGUCUUGAUAUGAAAAACUUACGGUGCAGUAUGUUUCCAUCAGAGAAAGCCGUGUGGAAGGUCAAGAAGAGUCCGUUCCAAUUGAGCGCGACGGCUGCUAUGGUCCUCGCGCACCAGGGAUUAAUUGACCUGGGCCAUCUGCGACCAGUUCGGACACAAGAGUACCAGACUACGGGUGAUCCGAUCGAUCCAUUGACAGGAGGAGCAACUGCGUUGAUAGGUUCAAUAGGGAGUAUUGGAGUCGCUAUUGUCGACAUGCCGCGGCAGGUGGUCAAGUCAAUCGUCGAACCAGACAGGUCGAGUAAAAGCUCCAAAAUGGCACCGAGGCGAAAUGCGACACUCUCUUUAUCGUCCUCCAGCUCCGACAGGGCGAGCUUCACCAACGAUCCCGGAGAGGGAAAUACAGAGUCUGUGGAUAGAGGUGCCGAUUACCAAGGACAGGGAUCUCAAGCAAGUUUCACGAACAUCCGUGAUCCAGCAGAUCUUGUAGUCGACGACCCACGACAAGAAGGGGUCGAAAGACUGCGUGGCGGCAGGAAAUCCUCAAGCAAGACAUUCAAGUAUGGGCUGUUCAAAGAGAUGUCGGGGAAUGACGACAUCGCAGCGCACCAUUCCAAAGCCUCGGAGGCAAUUUAUAGACAAGCCCCAGAACCCCGGGACUCAGUCUUCUCUGAUGCUGCCAGGGGCGCAGGAAAAGGUAUGGGUCGCAUUCUCGGGAGAGGAUUUCGUAGCCCUUUGGACUUCACCAUGGGUAUAUCUAAGGGAUUUCGGAAUAUUCCCAAGGCAUAUGGAGAUACCACUACGCGCGAGGUGGACCGAAUAACUGGGUUCCAUAGUGGAAUAAGAACUGCCAGCAAGGAACUCGGUCUGGGUUUCUACGAUGGUAUUACCGGGAUCAUCACACAGCCGAUUCGGGGCCUGAAACAGGAGGGAGUUAGCGGCUUUGUGAAAGGGGUAGGCAGGGGAAUUGGUGGUGUUGUGUUCAAGCCAGGCGCCGCAAUAUGGGCCAUCCCAGCAUACACCUUCCAGGGUGUCUAUGAGGAAGUGCAGAAAUACUUCGGCAGUGGACUAUCGAGCUACAUAGCCACUACACGGUAUAUGGAGGGUAAGCUAGGGGCAGACAAGCUUACCGAAGAUCAGCGCAACGAGAUAGUCGACCGAUGGCUGGGUCGCGAGCAAAGAGAACAUGAUCUUAUUGAGUGGUGGCGGGCUUCACAAAGGCGGCGCCGGGAAAGAAUGUCUCGAGGGCAUUCUGUCUCAACGUCGUCCUCGACUGAUCUGAACCCAGGCAUUCCUGCACGGACAUAUUCAGAGCCACGCGGGAAAAGUGAAGAUAACGGUCCUGUUGAGAUAAUGGGCCGACCUGUUGGAACGGAAAGGGACCGAAUCCUCACGCCGGAGUUGGAUAGCACGCCUGUUUUGUCGGGGCCAUCGAUUCACGAUGGGCGUGUAGACACAAAUGACUUGAGCACUCAGAAUGUUUCGUCUGUGGAGUAUCCCGUCGAACAUGCCGGACUAUCCUCAAGACCACAGGAGGCUCUACGGAACUAUGAUUUGGAGGAACUGAAAUCACCAGCUCCAACUUACCAUGAGUUCGAUCAUCGAGCAUAUGAACAAAACGUUCCAAGCCAAGAUGGAGAGCCCGAUCUCACUUCGGAGGACGAGCAGAUUAGAAAGGCUCUGGCGCUUUCUCUGGAAUCGGAAACCGAGCGUCAAACGCAGCUAGAGCAAAGCCAGAGAGAAGAGGAUAUUGUGAUGGAGUACAUUAAAAAGACCAGUCUGGCAGAGGCUAAGAUGAAGCAGAGAAUGAACUCUGAUAGUUAG